AUGUUUGCAGACCCAAAUGAGAUUUCAUUUUUGGAAGAAUGUUGUAAGUUUACACUUGAUCCGUCAAAAGCUGAUAAAUUAAUAUUUCUGCCUGAUACCUUCAAAUAAUACAUACAAGGAAGAACCAACAUAGUGAUUUCAUAAAAUUAGGAUAUUUUGGAGGCAUGCAUUUUGGAGAGACUGAAAUAUCCCCAAACAAACCCGUUUGUACUUCUGGUGUAAAUAAAGUAGAAUAUCGAGUACCUAAAAGGAAAACCUUGGUAUAGUACUCAUGAAAUCGGAAAUCUUAUUGGAGCGUUUACUAUCAUGGUUUAAAAUUACUUGAUGACUAUCCUUCAAUAUCCUGACUAGUUUUCACCCCAAAGGAAGAUAUCAGACAGAGAGUUGGAGUAGACUCAAGAUCUUUAAAAGUUAAUUGCUCGACUUUUUGACAUUUUUGAGACAAUAGGAUUUGAUUCAGAAAUACAUAGCCAAUUUAUACAAGUUGUUGGAGAGAGUUUUGGUGAAAAUAAGCUACACAUUCAAAUAAUCUAAUAUUCUAGAAAUUGCAUUUCAAAGUUUCAUGUGUACAAUGAUCAAUUGAAUCUCUACUUUGGAUUAUUCUAGCAUUAUUUAAAGGAGCCCUCAACCAGGGACUUAAUUUUCCAUGAUCAAAUAGCCAAAUGGAAUGUGAAUACGGAUAGGGGAGAUAUCUUAGAAAAAGAGUUUAUUUUAGGUCCUUUAUUUACAAUAUCAUUGCUAUAAGACAAUAGAUAUGUGAGAGAAAGGGCUCAUCAAAGUUUAAAAGUCAAGAUGACAAAGAGAUAAUUUGAACUUCUUCUUAAAUAGUAUUAAUAAACUAAUCAAAAUCAUGUGGAAAAUUUAGUAUCGCUGAUAAAAUUAUGUCUUUCUAGAAAUACAUUUUAAUAAACAAUACAAUUCUUCAAUCAUGUAUGUUUUUGCAAUAAGUUCAAAACUAAAGAAGGAUAUCAGCAGAAUAGAAUGAUGAACUUAAAGUAGAAUGUUUCCUCAGAUGGGUUCUUGCUCAAUAUAUAUGAUACUUUAUUAUUAUUAUCUAAUAAAAUAUCAGGUAGAACCGACGACACUUACACAAAAAUAGAUAAACAAUUUUGGUAUACUAUUCCAUUUGAGAAAGAGCAAAUGCUUUUAUCUUCCUCCAUACCAUUAAGCAAGUAGAAUAUUUAGAUUGGUAAUGUAAGUUAUCUAUUUUUCUAUACUCUAAAAUUUGUUCAAAUUGGCAUAAUUCCAGUUAUUUAAAGAAUGAAAGAUCUGUUAAAAUUGAUGCAAGAAAAAAAGGACCUCUUAGAAUUAAUGAAGGAUCAUCCUCAAGAAGGCUUGCUUAAAGAUGAAAUAGAGGCUUUGGAUGAGGAAGUUCAUUAACUAGAAUUAGUAAUUUUUAACCCUUCAAGAAUAAAAGAUACCGUUUAGUUAUUUGACACCUUCAUCUUUUUAUUUAAAAGUUGGUUAAAUCUUAAUAAAAUGGUUGAUGGUUAAACUUAAUGGUAGUAACCAGAUAUUUUAAAUUAUAUUCCAGAGUUUCUAAUUAAUGAUAUUAUAGAUUAUGUUGAUUUUUACAUGUAAAACUUUGAAGGUUUCACAGAGAAUUAUUUUAACCAUCAAAAAUUCAUUGCUUUAGCAGAACUUGGAAUGUACUUUAUUCAUUUGCCAAUUGCCACUAAUAAAUACUUAGCCGGAAAGUUUAUUGAGGUGAUUCUAUUCUUUACUAAAGUUACUAAAAAGUCAUUGAACCUAUCAUACAUUUUUGUUUAAAAUGAACUAAUAAGAGACAAUCUCCUUCUGGGAUUAAUGACUUAAUAUUCAGCAGUUGGAGAAACAGGAGCAAACAAUCAAUUUUAUGCUAAAUUUUAAUACAGAUUCUAUAUUAAUGAUAUUCUUUUCUAAUUAAUGUUACUACAGAUUUAUUAAACAUAAUUAAAGAAAUAUGUUAAAUGUGAACUAGGUCAGAGGUUGAUUAAGCUUAUGAUAAGUGAUAUGAAUUAUGGUUUUGAAGAGAUAUGGACUAAUUAUUUAGAAACCUAUAAAAAAAAACAAUUAGAUGUUCCAAAUACCUUCGAAUAAAAAUACAACAAAAAGAGAGAACUUGAUUUGAUUAAAUCACAGAUCCAAUCAAAUUUAUAGAAUAUGAAAUCCAAUUUGAAAUUAUUAGUUGAAUUUAGCAACCAUAUUCCAAAGGAUCUCAUGAAUGAAUUUUUCUAGGAGAUGAUAUUAAAAAUGAUUAAUUAUUAUCUUGAUAAUUUCUUGAAUGAAAGAAGUAAAGAGAAAUUAGAUUCCUUAAAAAAAAUUGCUGAAAAAGAUUUUAAAUUAGCAGUAUUUCUUUAACAGAUAGGCAUAUUUUUUACAAACAUUUGUGAUGAAAAAAAAGUAGUGAGUAUCCUUGUUAAAGACGACAGAUCCUAUCACAUUGAAAACUUUCAAAAGUUAGAAUAGAUCUUCAGAAACAAUAUUGCUGGAUAAUAAGACAAGGUUGAAAAAUUAAGUAGAUUUAUUCAAAGUUUGUAACUUAAAGAAGAAAAAAAAAAAUUCUUGGAGUCAAUUCUGGAAACGACUCAGAUUCCAGAAACAUUUUAAGAUCCUAUCUCUGGAGAAUUAAUGAGAGAUCCUGUUAUGUUGCCAUAAUCGAAAGAAAUAAUGGAUAGGAAAGUUAUAGUCACUGCAUUACUAGAAAAGAAAUAAGAUCCCUUCACAAAUACUCCUUUGGAUGCCAAAGAUCUGAUUCCUUAACCACAACUAAAAAAGGAGAUUGAAAUAUGGCUUGUUUAAAUCAAAAAAAAAAGAGACAUCAAAGUGCAAGAAGCUUAGAAGAGUAAGAUCCAAACUGAAAUUCAGUUUUAAUAAACUUAAAGCUUCAAAUUAUAGGAAGAGGAAGACGAUCUAAAUGUAUUUAAAGGGAAUAGAUAUGAAGAUGAUUGA